UCUCUGAAUUUCUGUUACAUAUUCGGUAUAUUGUUGAUUUUUGUUUGGUGUCAGGAUUGGAAAAAAUGUUUUUGUUUUACUGAAUAUUCAAUAACCGCAACAACAACAACAACAACAGCAAUGAUGAUGAUGAUGAUGAUAAUGACGAUUCUUUUUGAUUGUUUAUUCAUAAUAUCCAUAUGGAUUACAAAUGUUUUUUCCAUUCAUUCAAUGGCUGUCAAUAUAAAUGUUAUAUCACCACAACAACCAUCAGGAUUGAAUCGAACGGCAUUUGUUGGCAAUACUACUAAGAGUAUGGUAUUCAAUGUAAAAUUACCGGAUCAAUUCAUCUAUGAUAAUGAUGAUGAUUAUGGUGGCACAUCUUUACAAUCAUUAUCGAUUGGUAAUCGUUUACCAUCAUUAUCAACGACAACCGUUGCGACGACCAUCGAUGAACAAAAUGAUGAUGAUAAUGUUAAUCCAGAUAAAUUUAUAAAAUCCAUUCUACAAGGACCAUCCAAAGAAUUUGUAAAUGAUUCUCAUAAUAAAAAAACCGAUGUAAGUGUUACGAUAUUUCAUCAUCAAGCUAUACAUGAUAAAAAUAAAAACGAUAAUCAAACAAAUAAAUCGAUAAAUCUUUAUGGCAAUGGUUAUGGUUUACAUUAUGGUUACGAUUUGGAUGGCCAAUAUUCCCGAGAAAAGGGUUAUAAAUUUGAAAAAGCAUUAGGAAGAGAAAUUUGUAAAGAUAAAAAAUCUUGUAAAUCAACAAGUGAACGACGUUAUGAUGAUGAUGAAACAUUGGCUGAUUAUACACCGGACACGGCAUUAAAAGAACACAUCAGACAAAUUAUUCGUCAUGGUAAUGAUAUUGAUCUGAAUGGUUUAUUAUUGAAGAAAAAACAACGUAAAAAAAUUCUCAUUUAUGAUGAUGACAACAACAACAAAAAAAAUUCACAAAAUUAUUUCAAUGGUCCAUUCACUAAAUUGGAUUCAUUGCAUAUUAAUUCAUCGCCAACGCAAACAAUGGUGAUGAAAAAAUCAAAAUUUCAACCACAACAUGUAUCAUUUUAUUAUCCAGAAAUGAUCGAAACGAAUCGAACAUCACCAAUUAUAAAUCAUAAAAAUUAUGGAUUAAUACUGGAUUCAAUGAAUGAAAAUCGUCCAUAUAAAAGUAGUGAUAUUAUAACAUUAUUCAAAUGGACAAAUCCAACAUUAUCGAAUGUUUAUUAUCCACAUAAAAUUUUACAUUUAUCCGAUGAUGAUUAUCAAGGUAAAGUGGUGGUGGUUAUAUGAAACAUUGGCAAACAUCA